GGUGUAGACAGGUCUGUUAACCUGGGAGCGCCAGACAACCAGCAGCAGUUAAGGACAACCAAGAGUACACAUCGUGGCUCCUACCCGACAACAUGAAGUUGUUGUUUUUGGUGGUGCUUUUAACCAUCGCUGUCGUCCAGGCAAAGAGUGACGAUGGCACUGCCUGUGAGUCAGCUGGAGGCGAGUGCCACGAGGAAGGUGUCAGUAAGUGUGACAAAGUCUUGAGUGAUUACAACUGUGAUGACCAAACUGUCUGCUGCUUCACAGGUAAGAAGAGGAAACUAACGAGCAAAGGAGAUAAACAGAGCAAGCCAAAAAGGAAUGAAAGGAAGGAGCGAAAGAAGAGCAGAAAGUCUGUCAGAAAGCAAAAAGACAACUCCAAGAAAGCUCUCAAGAAGAAACAGAGAAAAGCUUUAGUAUCGAAGACAGGACGAGACAAAUCAGAGAAAACUCCAAAAAAGCAAAUAAAAUUUAAGAAAACUGUUAGAGCAGAGCGAGGUAAACACAAGAAAAUUCCCCCAAAACAAAGGAAGCAUAAGAAAAUAUCGAAAAGCAAAAAAGACAAACGAAAGAAAACAGCAAACAAAAAACAACUCAGGAAAAUUAUCAGAACAGAUAAACAAUGGCAACAGCCAAGAAAAAAUGUACGAAAACAUACGAAAAAUAAAACCAAAGGAAAUAAACCAAAGAAAACUCUCAGGAAAAGACAAAGAACGAUUAGUGGGAAAAAAGAUAAAAUUAACGAAAAUGAAACAAAGAAACAACGAAAGUCUAGGAAAAAAUUCGCGGAGAAAAAAUAUAUAGGAGGAAACUAUAAAUCAAAAAAAGGUUUCCAGAGAAAAAAGGAAAACCCUAAACAAAUCCUUGGGAGGAAGAAAAUGGGCAAACCUAGGAAAAGGCUUGUAAAGAAAGUGGGUAGAAAAAUGAAAGACAAAUCAGUGAAAGGUCUUAGGAAGAAAAAUUACAAGAAAAAACAAAUCAAAGCCAAGAAAAUCAUCAAGAAGAAUAAACACAAGAAAAAAACAAGAAAAUCAGGAUACAACACAAACUCUGGAGAGAACCAUCAAGUGAAAUGCAAACCUAAUAAACAUUGCAAGAAAGCAAAAGGUGUUUGUAAAAACAAAUGUAAGAAGAAAGAGAAAGAGAUCAAGAAAGGGUGUAACGGCACGAAGUGUAAGUGUUGUGCGAAGAAGAAGAAGAAGGUUAAAAGUUGCAAGACGAAGGAGGAGUGCAAGGUGCAAGGUGGAGUGUGCAAGAUAGAGAAGGAUUGCUGGCCUGGCAACUUCGUCACUAAGGGUUGCAAAGCUGGCUGUGUCUGCUGCCUCCAGAAAGCCCCCUGCUCAGAGACGAGUACGUGCAAGGAGCAUGAAGGACAGUGUAGAGAGCAUUGCUUGGGAGAGGAGCGAGUUAUGACUGCCGGCUGCUUGACUGACAAGUGUAAAUGUUGCAUCCCUCCCUGUAGUCUCUCCUCAGAGUGUCACUACGCUGGUGGCUACUGUGUUGAGCACGAGCAUCACUGCAAAUAUGGCUUCUACAUUUACGGUGCCUGCAAGGGCAAAGACUGCAAGUGCUGUCGACCAAUAAUUACAUCUACGACAACUGGGACUACCAGUACCUUAUCCACUACAACAUCGACGACUACAACGACUACGUCCACAACGACUACGUCAACAACGACUACGUCAACAACGACUACGUCAACAACGACUACGUCCACAACGACUACGUCAACAACGACUACGUCCACAACGACUACGUCAACAACGACUACGUCAACAACGACUACGUCAACAACGACUACGUCCACAACGACUACGUCCACAACGACUACGUCAACAACGACUACGUCAACAACUACGUCAACGACUACAACUACAACAACUACGAGUACAUCUACAAGUACAUCAACAUCUAGUACAACUACAUCUUCUAGUACUACUUCUACUAGUACAACUACGUCUACUAGUACAACUACAUCUAGUACAACUACGUCUACUAGCACAACUACAACAAGUUCAACAUCUACAACCACGACAACGACUACAACAACGACUUCAACAACUACAACAACGACUACAACAACGACUACAACAACAACGACUACAACUUCGACAUCUACGAGUACAAGUACAUCUACCAGUACAUCUACAAGCACAAGCACAUCUACAAGUACCAGUACAUCUACAAGUACAACUAGCACAUCUACAAGUACAACUAGUACAUCUACAAGUACAUCAACUAGUACUUCUACAAGCACAAGUACGUCUACGAGCACAUCUACGUCAACGACAACCACAACUACUACUACAACGACAACAACCACAACGACAACAAGCACAACGACAACAACCACAACGACAACAACCACAACGACAACCACAACGACAACAACCACAACGACAACAACCACAACGACAACAACCACAACGACAACACCACCGCCGGGUAGAAUAUAAAGUCUAGGUGUGUGAGACAUACACAGUGUGUGAGACAUACACAGUGUGUGAGACAUACACAGUGUGAGACAUACACAGUGUGAGACAUACACAGUGUGAGACAUACACAGUGUGAGACAUACACAGUGUGUGAGACAUACACAGUGUGUGAGACAUACACAGUGUGUGAGACAUACACAGUGUGAGACAUACACAGUGUGAGACAUACACAGUGUGAGACAUACACAGUGUGUGAGACAUACACAGUGUGUGAGACAUACACAGUGUGUGAGACAUACACAGUGUGAGACAUACACAGUGUGAGACAUACACAGUGUGAGACAUACACAGUGUGAGACAUACACAGUGUGUGAUACAUAUACAGUGUGUGAGACAUACACAGUGUGUGAGACAUACACAGUGUGUGAAACAUACACAGUGUGUGAGACAUACAGUGUGUGAAACAUACAGUGUGUGAGACAUACACAGUGUGUGAGACAUACACAGUGUGUGAGACAUACACAGUGUGUGAGACAUACACAGUGUGAGACAUACACAGUGUGAGACAUACACAGUGUGAGACAUACACAGUGUGUGAUACAUACACAGUGUGUGAGACAUACACAGUGUGUGAGACAUACACAGUGUGUGAGACAUACACAGUGUGUGAGACAUACACAGUGUGUGAGACAUACACAGUGUGUGAGACAUACACAGUGUGUGAAACAUACACAGUGUGUGAGACAUACACAGUGUGAAACAUACACAGUGUGUGAGACAUACACAGUGUGUGAGACAUACACAGUGUGUGAGACAUACACAGUGUGUGAAACAUACACAGUGUGUGAGACAUACACAGUGUGAAACAUACACAGUGUGUGAGACAUACACAGUGUGUGAAACAUACACAGUGUGUGAGACAUACACAGUGUGAGACAUACACAGUGUGUGAGACAUACACAGUGUGUGAGACAUACACAGUGUUUAUAUACUGCGUGAUAAAUACUUACACUAUCAACACCCAUCAAGGAGAGACUCGGGACAUAAACCAACCUACACCUCACGUUACGACUCACUUUAUGGUUUAACUUUUAAAACCGACAGAUAUUAUAAAAUUAAGACAUAGCCCUAGUUUUGGGAUAUUUUAACCAAGCAACGUUUUUUUGUGCCACGUUUCGGGGAGAAACGUUUCCUCACUUAAAAUAUCUUAAUAAUGCGCAAAUGUGACAUUUAAGCCCCUGUCUGACAGAUAUUAUAACUUGAGAGAUAAUCCAGAAGCUAGUGUCCAUUAUGAUUAUAUAAAUAUUUCGAGGACGUUUAAUGUCGUCCUUGAGUGAAACGUUAUUUAAUAGUAAUCUGGAAAGGACGGAAACGUCGUCUAGAGUUUUUCCUUAAAUUCUGGGGCAUUUGUAAAUUAUUCCAGCCACGGUAUUGUGACUUAUUAUUUAAGUAUGAUUGUUAUUAUUUAGGCUAUGGUUAUGUCAAGUUAUAAGAUUUAUGUCAACUGGGAAUGUGUCAUCUGAGAUCAUGUCAACUGGGAAUGUGUCGCUGAGAUCAUGUCAACUGGGAAUGUGUCAUCUGAGAUCAUGUCAACUGGGAAUGUGUCGCUGAGAUCAUGUCAACUGGGAAUGUGUCAUCUGAGAUCAUGUCAACUGGGAAUGUGUCGCUGAGAUCAUGUCAACUGGGAAUGUGUCAUUUGAGAUCAUGUCAACUGGGAAUGUGUCAGCUGGGAAUGUGUCAGCUGAGAUCAUGUCAACUGGGAAUGUGUCAUCUGAGAUCAUGUCAACUGGGAAUGUGUCAUCUGAGAUCAUGUCAACUGGGAAUGUGUCAGCUGGGAAUGUGUCAGCUGAGAUCAUGUCAACUGGGAAUGUGUCAUCUGAGAUCAUGUCAACUGGGAAUGUGUCAUCUGAGAUCAUGUCAACUGGGAAUGUGUCAUCUGAGAUCAUGUCAACUGGGAAUGUGUCAUCUGAGAUCAUGUCAACUGGGAAUGUGUCAGCUGAGAUCAUGUCAACUGGGAAUGUGUCAUCUGAGAUCAUGUCAACUGGGAAUGUGUCAUCUGAGAUCAUGUCAACUGGGAAUGUGUCAUCUGAGAUUAUGUCAACUGGGAAUGUGUCAUCUGAGAUCAUGUCAACUGGGAAUGUGUCAGCUGAGAUCAUGUCAACUGGGAAUGUGUCAUCUGAGAUUAUGUCAACUGGGAAUGUGUCAUCUGAGAUCAUGUCAACUGGGAAUGUGUCAGCUGAGAUCAUGUCAACUGGGAAUGUGUCAGCUGAGAUCAUGUCAACUGGGAAUGUGUCAGCUGAGAUCAUGUCAACUGGGAAUGUGUCGCUGAGAUCAUGUCAUCUGGGAAUGUCAGCUGAGAUCAUGUCAACUGGGAAUGUGUCAGCUGAGAUCAUGUCAACUGGGAAUGUGUCGCUGAGAUCAUGUCAACUGGGAAUGUGUCAGCUGAGAUCAUGUCAAC